CUCACUCCUCUUUUAUUUAUUUAAUCACUCUGUUAAGCGGUAGUUCAUAAAGGCCUUCCUGCCUUGGGUCGGUGCUUCCGCCAGACCCAGAAGAAUCGGGAAAAUAUCGAGUUCCAUUAGCGAGCAAACAAGUUCCGGAUCAAGGAUUGUGAAAUGGGUGAAACCGAGCACCACCAUCCCCCGCAGCCAGUGCAGGCGCCUCCGCCUGGACCACCGCCGCCUAAUUUUGCACUUUCGAGGGGGCCUACUUGGACACCCGCCGAACAACUCCUUCACCUUCACUACUGCAUCCAUUCCAAUCCUUCCUGGCCGGUGGCAUGUCUACUGGGUUUUCAGCACUACAUCGUGAUGCUUGGAGCUACAGUUCUGAUUGCAAGCACCUUAGUGCCUCAAAUGGGUGGGGGCCAUGGCGACAAAGCUCGCGUGAUUCAAACCUUGUUAUUGAUGUCCGGAGUGAACACUUUACUUCAGACAUGGUUUGGGUCAAGGCUUCCAGUAGUAAUGGGUUCUUCAAUAGCUUUUUUCAUCCCUGUAAUGUCCAUCAUAAAUGAUUACAAUGACCGCAAUCUCUCAUCUGACCAUGAGAGGUUUAACAAGUCAAUCAGGACAAUUCAAGGCUCCCUGAUUGUUUCUUCUUUCAUCAACAUCAUCCUUGGGUAUAGUAAGGUGUGGGGAAAUUUAACAAGAUUCUUUAGCCCAAUAGUCAUUGUACCGGUGGUUUGUGUGGUAGGCCUUGGUUUGUUCAUGAGGGGCUUCCCACUGCUUGCAAAUUGUGUGGAGAUCGGAUUACCCAUGCUCAUUCUACUGGUCAUAAUCCAGCAGCAUUUGAGGCGCGUGAUUCAUCCCGCUGCACAGCAUGUGCUUCAGAGGUUUGCUUUACUUAUGUGCAUUGGCAUAAUCUGGGCUUUUGCUGCUAUCCUUACUGUUGCUGGUGCAUACAACAAUUCUAAAGAGCAGACCCAAACAAGUUGCCGCACAGAUCGCUCCUACCUCAUGUCAUCUGCUCCUUGGAUUAAAGUUCCAUAUCCAUUUCAAUGGGGUACCCCCAUAUUCAGCGCUAGUCAUGUCUUUGGGAUGAUGGGAGCAGCACUUGUCACUUCUGCAGAGUCAACUGGGACUUUCUUUGCGGCAGCUAGGCUUUCUGGUGCUACACCCCCUCCUGCACAUGUCCUCAGCCGAAGCAUUGGGCUGCAGGGUUUGGGCAUGUUGCUUGAAGGCAUAUUUGGUUCUAUUGUUGGUACUACUGCAUCCGUGGAAAAUGUUGGCCUACUCGGGUUAACACAAAUAGGGAGCAGAAGAGUAGUACAGAUCUCAUGCGGUUUUAUGAUCUUCUUCUCUAUUUUUGGUAAAUUUGGAGCCUUUUUUGCAUCGAUUCCCUUGCCGAUAUUUGCUGCUAUAUACUGUGUUUUAUUAGGAAUCGUAGCUGCUGUUGGGAUCUCAUUUAUGCAGUUUGCUAAUAACAACUCCAUGAGAAAUCUCUAUGUUUUGGGUUUAUCUCUCUUUUUGGGGAUCUCAAUUCCGCAAUAUUUUCUUACCUACACAACUCAAGAUGGUCGUGGUCCGGCCAGAACUAAUGCUGGUUGGUUCAAUGACAUUUUGAACACCAUAUUCUCUUCCCCCCCAACUGUGGCAAUAAUCGUUGGAACACUUCUCGACAACACACUCGACGCAAAGCGGACUGCUAACGACAGAGGAGUUCCGUGGUGGGUGCCUUUCCAGGCCAGGAAGGGAGACUCAAGAAACGACGAAUUUUACAGUUAUCCUCUCAGGCUAAAUGAAUAUACCUUCCAGAUUCCGAUGAACCGCAUUUUGCAUGCUCGUCGCUGACUCUUCUGUUUUCGGUAAAUUUUUAUGAUCGUGUAAAAUAUAUAGACAAUUGCAUAAAUAGAUUCAUGUGACAUGUAAAUUUUCUUUUUUAAAAUAUGGGGUGCCCCUAGAUGCAAAAGUUAAAAGAAGCAAUGUGUUGAGGUCGAAACAUGCGGCUGUGGCUGGUCGGGUUUUAGAUCAUGCUUGCGAGAAUAUUGGGCCAUAAGAACCUGAAAUGCUAAUAACGAGAUGUCUUCGAUGAGUGUGUUGCUUAGCGUGUUGAAUACUAUCAGGUUUACAGGAUGCUAAAUGUGCAAACGACGUCACUAUAGCCAGCUCGGCAUGAAUGUUCAGUUAAAUAAUGAUAUGCUCUGGUUUUUGGAC